AAAAGUUUAGACACACCUCUUUCUUUGUCAUGACAAUUUGCAUUGUAGAUUCUCACUGAAGGCAUCAAAGUUAUGAAGGAACAAAUAUGAAAUUAUGCAGUGAAGAAAAAAGUGUGAAAUAACUCUAAACAUGUUUUACAUUUUAGUUAGAGUAAAACCCAGGAACUGCUGCUGUAACCCAUGAAAAAUAUAAUUGAACAGUUUUUUUUUUUAGUUUUGUUUAGUAAAAUGACAAUGAUGAAGCCUGAUUUCUAAUGUGUAUGUAAGUAUGUUUGUACACUGGCUUUAGGGCCGACCUUUCAUCCUCUAGGCGUGUUUUGCAGUUAAUCAGUCUCACGGAUCUCUGGCCUAUGGCAGUGCUCCAAACCCUGUGAAUAGCUUUAGCAAAUCGUCCAUGUCAGGUUUCGUUUUACUUUCAUCUUGAGUGUCAGCACAGUGGUUUGUUACAUUAUGAUGACUUAUAGCUAAGAAGAAACUGAAAAUAUCUCAUGUUGGGAAUAUAAGGUCUGAGGACUGAUAUAGUACUGGACUAAAGGACAGUAGUUACUAAAUGAUGUGGAGCUUCACAAUGGGCAAUACCCCCUGAAUGACAGCACUACCACCAACACUCCAGAUGUGCACAUGGACAUGUACUCGGGAUUCCCUGACAUGGACUUUUCCAGCCUCAACCUCCCAAGAAAUGGAGAUUUCCCUCAGGACCUGUCCUGCAUUGAUGACCUCUCAACAAACUCUCUGUUCUCAUCUCCGGCUGACUCACUGUCGGAAUAUGCUGAUAGCCAGUCCUUCAUCAGCACAGACACCUUUGAGCCAGUGCCCACCCUCUGGGACAUCAACACUAUUACCACCACUGCACCAGCACAGAACCAGCUAGAGCAGAAUGGCACCAACAGGUUUCAUGGCUUGGCCAGUUUGGAUGAUAUAACUGCUAUUAUCAGCACACCACCUUUAGCAGGAUUCCAGCCUCAGAUAACUCAGGCCCCACCAGAGGAGGAAGAAGAUGCUGAAGAAGAGGAGACAGAGGAACUGGGACAUGUAGACACUUACGCUGAGUACAGACCUUCUAAAUCUAAGAUAGGAAUUUCACAUCCUGACAUAGUGGUAGAGACCAACACACUAUCCAGUGUCCCUCCUCCUGACGUCACUUACACACUGUCUAUUCCCGAGUCAACUAUCAAAAGUGGCUUGCUGUCUGCUUUGCAGCUAGAGGCCAUAAUCUAUGCCUGUCAGCAACAUGAGGUGAUUCUUCAGAACAACCAAAGGGCAGGUUUCCUCAUCGGGGAUGGGGCAGGAGUUGGAAAGGGACGCACUGUGGCAGGAAUCAUCCUGGAGAACUACCUGAAGGGAAGGAAGAAAGCACUAUGGUUCAGCAUAUCCAAUGACCUGAAAUUUGAUGCAGAGAGAGAUCUCAAAGACAUAGAUGCAGCAAAUAUUCCUGUGCAUGCCUUAAACAAGAUUAAAUACGGAGACACAGCUACCUCAGAAGGAGUCCUGUUUGCAACUUACUCUGCGCUGAUUGGAGAGAGCCAGGCAGGAGGGCAGCACCGGACAAGGAUUAAACAAAUCUUAGAUUGGUGCAAGCCAGACUUUGAUGGAGUUAUAAUUUUUGAUGAAUGCCACAAAGCCAAGAACGCUACAUCUACGAAGAUGGGCAAGGCCGUGCUUGACCUCCAAAACAAGCUGCCACGGGCCAGAGUGGUGUAUGCCAGUGCCACAGGUGCCUCUGAGCCAAAGAACAUGAUCUACAUGAGCCGCCUGGGAAUCUGGGGUGAGGGCACGCCCUUCAGAACCUUUGAAGACUUCCUGCAUGCCAUCGAGAAGAGGGGUGUCGGUGCCAUGGAGAUCGUUGCCAUGGAUAUGAAAGUGAGUGGGAUGUACAUUGCAAGGCAGCUGAGCUUCUCAGGGGUGUCUUUCCGCAUUGAAGAGAUCGGACUGGACAGCGACUUCAAACUGGUUUAUAACAAAGCUGCCAAGUUGUGGGCAGAGGCGCUGCAGGUAUUCAUGCGUGCAGCCGAUGAACUAGGCCUGGUCAGCAGGAAGUCUCUGUGGGGGCAGUUCUGGUCGUCUCACCAGCGCUUCUUCAAAUACCUCUGUAUAGCUGCCAAGGUCCGCUGUCUGGUGGAGCUGGCCCAAAAGGAGUUGGAGGCUGGAAAGUGCAUCGUUAUUGGCUUGCAGUCCACUGGAGAGUCCCGCACGAGGGAAGUGUUGGAUGAGAACGACGGACAUCUUGACAGAUUCGUCUCUGCAGCAGAAGGAGUAUUCCAGUCUCUUGUGACAAAACAUUUUCCUUCAGAGAAACAGAGAAGAGAGAAGGCACCGGGGAAUAAGCGAAAACGGAAGCCUAAAGGUCGCCAGCCUAAGGUACCCAAGCACACAGUGGACAGCGGUGGUGUGAUUAACAUCACAGAUGACAGCAGCACGGAUUCUGAAGGCAUGGACACGGACUCCAACUCCUCACCAGACUCCCUGCUAGACAAUGACGAUGUCAUUUUUGUGAAUCACACCAGUGUCCAGACAGCACGGAUAGAGGAGAUGAAGCAAAUCCUCCUCAACAAAAUAGCUGUGCUGGGAAAAGAACUACCUCUCAAUACCUUGGACGAGCUCAUUGAUAAAUUCGGAGGACCUGAUAAAGUCUCAGAGAUGACGGGUCGUAAGGGUCGUGUUGUUCGGCGUCCUGAUGGAAGUGUGCGUUAUGAAUCACGGGCUGAGCAGGGUCUAACUAUUGACCACAUCAAUAUCAAGGAAAAAGACCGCUUUAUGAGUGGAGAGAAGUUUGUGGCCAUCAUCUCAGAGGCAGCCAGCUCUGGAAUUUCCUUGCAAGCAGACAAGCGAAUAAAAAACCAAAAGCGCAGGGUCCACAUGACCCUGGAGCUGCCUUGGAGUGCAGACAGAGCUAUUCAGCAAUUUGGUCGCACCCAUCGGUCCAACCAGGUUACAGCCCCAGAGUACAUCUUCCUUAUCUCAGAGUUGGCUGGAGAGAGGCGUUUUGCUUCCAUCGUGGCUAAGAGACUUGAGAGCCUGGGUGCAUUAACCCAUGGAGACAGAAGAGCCACUGAAUCCAGAGAUCUGAGCAAAUACAAUUUUGAGAACAAGUAUGGUACCAAGGCUCUAGAUAAAAUCACCAAAGCAAUCCUGGGCCACAUAGAGAACAAGGUGCCCCCUCCCAAAGGCUACCCUAUGGGUGAGGCCAAUUUCUUCAGAGACAUGAAACUUGGAAUGAUGGAUGUAGGAAUCCUUUGUAAGGAUCCCCGCCUUGGGAUCAGUACUGAAAAAGACUGCAGCAUCACAAAGUUUUUAAAUCGCAUUUUGGGCCUGGAGGUCCACAAACAAAACUAUCUGUUCCAGUACUUCACUGAUAACUUUGACUACCUAAUUGAGAAGGACAAGAAGGAGGGCAAAUAUGACAUGGGAAUCCUAGACCUUGCCCCAGGUAAUGAUGAGAUCUACGAGGAGAAGCAGGAAACCUUCAUGACAGCUGGAAACCCUCAGGACGGACAGGUUGUUCUCUACAAGAUCAGUGUGGACAGAGGUAUGACCUGGGAGGAGGCGUACAGCAGGUCACUGAAACUCACCCGUCCCGACGAGGGUUUCUAUCUGUCCCAUAAGCUACAAGGUAGCCAUCCAUGUGUGCUGCUGGCUGAGCAAGGCAGAGGCAGGAGCUUCAACAUCUACAAACCCAACAUCGGCAAACAGACCCACCCUGAGAGUCUGGAGAAGCUGGAGCAACGAUACCGUAAGGUGACUCCAGAUGAUGCCAAAGACAGCUGGGAGCACAAGUUCAACUUCUCCAUCAAGAAAUGCCGCCAUGCUAGCUGGAAUGGAAAGUGUAAGAAAAUAGAGGAAGGCCAUGAGUGUCUAGAGGGCAUGCGCCUCCGACAGUACCACAUGUUGUGCGGUGCUCUAUUACGUGUGUGGAAGCGCGUAUCCGAUGUGGUGUCUGACAUCACCAGCUCCAGCAUCCUGCAGAUUGUCCGCCUUAAAACCAAACACCACAACAAACAAGUUGGUAUAAAGAUCCCUGAAAACUGUGUGGCCCGUGUGCGUGAGGAGCUCAUGCUAAUGGACGAGGAGGUAAAGAGGAGGCGAAAGGAGAAAGAGCAGCAAGCUGAGGAGCAGCGGCAGGCUGCAGAGCGCAUGCGUAAAAUGGAGGAAGACAAGCACCUUCUGGCCGCAUUGUGGAAGCCUCCUCUCACCCCCAACCAAAUCCACAAAUUGACCCAAAAUCCUCUACAAAGGAAACAAGCUGCUCUUGCUCAGCAGCUAUCGAGAAUGCAGGCCCAAUCCCAGCCCCCUCUACAGCUGCCGCCCCAGAACAUGCCCCCAUUGCCCCAGCAAAGGACCCACACCUGGCCCAACAGUUCCACCAACAGCAGCCAGGGUCGUCUGCCCAGUCUGCCUAGUCUCAGCAACAAUUACGCUUCGUUUUUCCCCCAACAUUAUCAUCCUUCCUUUACGCUUCACCAGAACCCGUCUCUCCACCAGACCACACCGUCUCCAAACUUGCCUUCCAAAAAUCCCUUGGAAGAGAUCUUGGACCUGACUACGAGCUCUCCAUCCCCUUCCCCAGACAACGCUGAGGGCAGGCCGAGUCUGGACAGUCUGACAGGAAACGCAACGGCAUUUGGAGACGACUUUAAUUUAGAGUCAUUGAUUUCCCCGAACACACAGAAUGCCCAGCACACUGCACAAGUACAACAGCCUCUGUUGCUACAACAGCAGCAGCUGCUGCAUCUUCAGCCCACGCAGCAGCUCAACCACACCCUUUUAGCCACUAACACUGCAGACCUUUCAGAGUUUUUCGACUUGGCCCUGUCUCCCCAGAUGUCCACGCAGAAAUCCAGCCCCUCAUCCUCUAGCUCCUCCUGCUCUUCCUCCACUUUGUCAGUGUCAAACAACCUGGUUCCACAAGUCUCCACCAACCUCUUGUCUUCUUCCGCCGUCACCCCAACGUCAAGUUCCUCGUCUCUGUUCUCCAGCCCGUCUUCAUCCCUGUUUCCCAACUCUCAAUUCUCGUCCAACUAUCUCACCCCUCCGUCGGACACUCUGCCCCUACACAACGGCCACUGCAGUUCUGGCAUUCUCGACGUUCGCGAGGCUCUGAACAGCAUGUUACAGGCCGGGUCAGACCGCAAGUCUGUCAUUCAGUAUCGCCAACAAGACUAGGAGAGAACAGCUCGUCUGUACUUGGUCUAGUUAUAUUAUUUAGUUGUUUUUGACUUUAAAAGCAGAUUGUGUCUCGUCUGCUGCUGUCUAUGAUCACACCCUCAGACCUACUCCCUCUCCCCUCAGGGCCUAUAGUCACGUCACUGCCUGCCCUGCGCUUGGCUCACCCCUCUCUCACCCACCUGUAGCAUUCACCUGCUUUAGGCUGUUGAGGCGAUGGCGGGCUUGAUCAAAAUAUAAGAUUUCUGCACCAAAGUGUGUUCUUCACAAUGAAAGGCAGCUGAAAAAAAACAGUAGAAACUGAACAUAUUGAACAUAUGAGCUGCUAAAACAAAAGCUCAUUUAUUAAGGUGUGGAAAUCUUUUAUAAACCUCCCGCUGCUAAAUUGUACGAGGUAUGAUCGGUGAAGAUGCUGGAAGCUCUAAAUGCCUUUCACCAGAAACAACAUCUACAGACUUUGCUUUACUGUUACUUUGCUUUAUAGCCGCCUGUUUUGACUAAAACAAAGGCUGUAUGCAAGGUUUGGUGUGGGUGUAGAAACAUUAUAGUGCUGAACUGGAAGACAAGAGAAAAAACCAAGAAAUCUCUAAGCUGAUUAGCCAUGAAAUGCCUCAGUUUUCAUUCUUUUCUUCUUUGUUCCCUCUUGUGUCUCUCCCUGCAUGUAUGAACACUAGUGCGAGUAAAAAGGGAGAGGACGAGCAGUCUGCUGUUGCAAACAGUGCCUUUGGAGAAAUCUAUAAAUGCAGUCUUUAAAAAUCCAUGUAGCCUGAUGCAUAGAUUUGUACUCUCAAGCGUUAGUUUUAAUUUAAUGUGGUAUAUUUCCAUUUAACUGUAACCCUCACAGUCAGUCAGUCAGUCAGUCGUUUUCGUGUGUGUUACAUAAUGCUGUCGGCAGAUUUCAGGAGGAAGCCCUCUUCAAGCCCGUAUGUUCUUGUAUGAUUCUCCGUGCAUAAGUGACAGUGUGCUAGGGUUAGUAUGGCACUCAUUAAUGAGAAGCAUGGAUAAAAACUGUCUCCCAAUAUUUUACCACCCUUCUUUCUAAAGAUGAUCGCGAUCUUUAGUCACGUGACUCCUGAUUGAAUUUGAUUUUGAAUUUCUCAGGAACGUUUUGAGUGUUUUCUUGGAUUUUCGUGUCAUUUUGACCAAGAUAGAUAUGAACAUUUGUGAUUUGUGCUACAGUAAAUAUUGACUAUUACAUUUUCUUAAUGUCUUCAGGUUUUAAAACACAACCUGUUGUUUUUACCUAAAGCUUCAGUUGGACAAUAUAGUGAGCAUGUUUUCUACUCAAACACUGGGUUCAAGAACAGUUCAAAAUAUAACAUUUAUUUGAUGAAAUGUUUUUCCAUUUCAGCCAUUAGGGCUGUAAGAAGAUUUGAAAUAUGUAGAAUAGGAAUGUUCACUGUGGAUGAAAGUACAUAUUUAAAAACCUGUGACAUCUGGCCGUCUCUGUGUGAGGACAACACACUGUAGUUGGUCUGGGACAAAAUGCCGGAAUAGGUUUAUUUGAUCAAAAAGCAAUAAAACCCUAUUUUUCAUUUGUGAUGAAGCAGAUAUGCUAAGUAUAAUUUACCCGCUGGGGCAAAGCUUUGUUCCUCCUCUUUUGCAUGAAAUGAACCCUCUUGUUUCUGUUGUACUCCGUAUUCUUUUAGGUUAUGACAUGCAUACAUCCUUUGUACAAUAAGUUUUUUUAUGGAAUGAACGCAAUGCGUUCUUGAUGUUUUAGUCAUUGUUAUCAUAAAAGUUAUUGUUAUUUAUAUUUAAGGGAUAUUUAGAUUUUAGCUAUGUUAUCCUGCUUAUUAGAAUAGUGAACACAAUUGUUUGGUCAGGGAAGUUUCUAGUAUCAAGGUAACUAUAAAACAAAUUCUAUUAUAACCUGCCACCAAAUAAGAUUGCACUGUUCUGUACUGCUGUACAGUGUCUGGGUUUAUUUCUGCUCAUUUCACUUUUAUGUUAUGUUUUAUGUAGAAUGCUUUCCUCCAGCUUCUAGUCCUUCAUCAGGCCUUCAGUUCGCAGAAAGAUACCAAAGUAUUCUAUAGACACCCCUAAAGUUGCUGACUCUAAGAUAUCAGACCUUUUUAUCAAUCUCAGGAAGAACCGUACAAGAGGUGUAAUAGUGGGGCGUUAGCAGAAAUAUAUUGUUUUUCCCUUGUAACCGUGGUGAAACUAACCAAUACUAUUUUGCUAUUUUUUCUUAACUCUGUGCUGUGACUCUUGCGAUAUUUAUGUUUUAGUCAUAAUGUGAUGGGUUUGUCAUAUGUCUUUGUGAAAUUGUUGGUGAUUGUAAAUGUUUAUGCCUUCUUAGGGCAAAGAUCAAAGGCUGUUUCUUAUUAAGGAACAUUAUUGUUCUGUGGACAUUUUUGUUUUGAUUUGUGUUGGAUGUAUAAUUCCUGUUAAACCUGACAGAUUUCAACAUUGAUUUGCACCCAGGUUAUACUGAAAUGUGCAGUUAAUCUGUCCAAGCCUUUUCCCCUUCCUUUAGGUUUAGACUGACUCGCAGUAUCAUAGACUCAAGGCUUUUUUUACUUGUAGCAUCCUACAAUCGCAUGUUUCCCGUGUAAUCACAAUAUUUUUGAUUUUAAAAUUCCUCAUCAGGCACAUUCCAAGACACCAGUUCGCAAAGAAUUUGCUUUCAGUUCUGCAUUUAUAGUCAAACAAAUAAAGCUUUAUGCAUUUGAGGGAUAUGGAUCUAAUUUUAAGGAAUAAACACUUUUAUAGAAUCAUUUUAAUGUAGUUAGGCCUUUCAUUAUUUUAUUAUUUUGCACUAAGAAUGGCAUAAUCAAGUUACUGUUCUAUGUCUGUUAGGGUUGAGCAUUGCAAGCUUCUGUUUCUGAACUUCAAUGAAUUGCUCCUUGUAUACUGUAACCCUUUCUCUUGUUUCUCCACCGUUUGCAUAAUAUAUAAAUGUUAUCACUCUCAAAUAAUUUAUUGCUAACAAAAAAUGAAACAAAAAACAUGCUACUGAUUGUAUGUAUUUUUAAACAAAGCCUAUUUUUUCUGUAAAAAAGAAACUGUGUUCAGCACUUUUAUUCUGGGUUGUGCUUUUGUUUUCUAUAUAUUUAUAAUUUAGAUCCAAAUGUAUAUAUUGUAAAAUUUGUGCCUUUCAACUAAUUCUUUAAAAGGUUUUUCUACUUAUUAAAGGAAGGACUAUAUGAAAUUGCAAUCUUAACUUUGUAAACAAAUAAAAACUUGAAGAUUGCUUAAAAUUA